AUGUUGAGCAACGCCGAGGAAAGCUAUCCGCUGGCACAACACGAAGCAGUCGUGGCAAGCAUAUCGGCGCAAAUUGCCGCCUUCCACAGAGAGCAGACUCCCUUCCGCAUAUACCAUGGCAGCACGAACUCCACGCGGCCCAGUGUUCGCACACGUGCAGCCACGGUCGAUAUCUCGUCCCUCAACCAUGUCAUAUCCGUCUCAGUCUCGGAACAAAGGUGUCUCGUGGAGCCAAACGUGGCGAUGGAUGCACUGGUCGCGGCCACAUUGCCCCUGGGGCUCGUCCCUCCAGUCGUGCCCGAGUUCCCUGGAAUAACGGUGGGCGGGGGGUAUGCCGGGACCGCAGGAGAGAGCAGCAGCUUCAAGCACGGCUUCUUUGACCAAGCCGUUAAGUGGGUUGAAGUCGUUCUUGCUAAUGGAGAAGUUGUGACUGCUUCAAAAUCUGAAAGACAAGAUCUCUUUCACGGGAUGCCAGGGACAUUUGGCACGCUAGGAGUCGCCACAUUGUUCGAGGUCCGCCUGAUACCCGCGGAGGAGUUUGUGGAAAUCUCAUAUCUCCCAGUACACGGGAUCCGGCACGCACAGCAAGUGUUCGAGCAAGUCAUGGUCCAUGGCCAAGCGGAUUUCCUGGAUGGCAUUAUGUUUGCACCCGAGAACGGCGUGGUCAUGGUUGGUCGAUUCGCUGAGCGAGGCGAGAAGAACGAGACUCUUCCUGUUGUCACAUUCACGAAACCGUGGGAUGAGUGGUUCUACCUUCACGCCGAGGAGAUGAUGAAACAGCAGCAACAAGUUUUUGACCUGCAUGAAUCUGGGUCUGACAUUGCAGAGACCAUUUGGAACUCGUCGCGCCGAGAACUAGUUCCUGUCAAAGACUAUCUCUUCCGCUACGACCGGGGUGCCUUCUGGAUGGGGCGGUAUGCAUUCAAUUACUUCCUAACUCCGUUCAAUCGCUUCUUCCGGUGGCUCGGCGACAAAUACAUGCAUACACGCGUCAUGUAUCACGCUCUGCAUCGGUCGGGCUUGAUGCAGCGAUUUAUCAUCCAGGACAUGGCUCUGCCAAAUGUCCAUGUCGCCGAGUUUUCCAACUGGCUGGACGCUGAACUCCCGGACAUCUAUCCCCGCUGGCUGUGUCCCCUGAAGACGUGGGAUAAUGGUACUGGGAACAUGCACCCACAUAUCCCUGCAUGGGCAGGACCUCAUCUCCAUGAUGGAACCUUUUUGAACAUCGGCAUUUGGGGCUCUACACCACGGCACAUGCGUCAAGUAGUAGCCAACCGACGCAUCGAGGCGAAAUUGAAGGCCUUGCAUGGCAUGAAGUGGUUGUACGGCCAGACCUUCUAUACCGAGGAUGAGUUCUGGAGUAUCUAUGAUAGGAAGUGGUAUGAUGCCUUACGGAACAAAUAUCAUGCCCAACAAUUGCCGAACGUGUAUGAGAAGGUUAGAACAAGUUUCAAUAUUGAUGCCGAAGGGGCUGUGACCGGAGAUCUUAGGUUGGGAAUCGAGAAGGGAUUCUGGAGCAUCUGGCCAUUUGCUGGUGUAUAUGGCGUCCUGAGCACAAUUAAAGGUGGCGAUUAUUUGAGAAAGCAAUAA